CUGACCUGAUCUGCAGUACAGAGGAUCGACUCUCUUUGGCGACCGAGGCAGACAGCGUCAUCUCUGGAGGGGCAGAGUCACAGAGAGCUGGAUCUGUGUGCUCAAUGGAGUCGUUCCCCAUGCUGAGCAGGGCGUCCAGCAGGAACAUGGAGAGGGACUGGGAGAACGGCUCUAUAGCCUCUUCCAUCACUUCAGUGGAGUACAAUGGACCUAAACUCUUCAAGGAGCCAAGCUCCAAGUCCAACAAGCCAAUCAUCAUCAAUGCCAUCGCUCACUGCUGUCUGGCUGGAAGGGUUAAUGAGGGCCAGAAGAAUGCUAUUCUGGAGGAGCUGGAAAAGUGCGAGUCGAAUCACUUGAUUAUCCUCUUCCGUGACGGUGGGUGCCAGUUCCGCGCUAUUUACUCGUACUCACCCGACACCGAGGAGAUCAUCAAGUUCACAGGCACAGGGCCGCGUGCUAUCACCCGCAAGAUGAUCGACAAGCUCUACAAAUACAGCUCGGACAGAAAGCAGUUCACCGUCAUCCCCGCCAAGUCUGUGUCGGUCAGCGUAGAUGCCCUGACCAUCCACAAUCACCUCUGGCAGGUCAAGAGACCGGGCAGUGCGCGGAGAAAGUGAGAAGGCAGAAGAGGGAAAGAAAACACUUGUUAUAGUUUCUGUUCUAUCUACUACUGUUGGGCAGGACCCAAUAAUCUUUGAGAUGAUUGACAUGUGGUCAUGUAACUGACAUGUCCCAAAGGGGUAUAUAUCUUUAGAUGUCAGACGGUGGCAGUGUGUGACUAUGAAACACCUGCCAACUGAAUGCUCUAACAUUUCAUGUUUUCAUUUCGUCUCGUUAGCUUUUUAUUCUGCAUGUCACAUGUUCAAAUUUGUGGGUACGUCCUACUUGAGUUAGGCACUAUUGAUGAUUGACUGAUUCUUAUGUAGCAAUGAAGAGGAGAUGGACCCUCGAGUUGAAUACUACUGAAUCUACUUUCAUUAACAAGCAUACUGCUGAUACCAAGUGCAACUACAGACAUGCAAAGGUGAACAUUCACUUGAUUAUGUCUUUUAAAUUUAAAGCUAUUUCAGCUUGGCAAAAAAAACACCCUACUGCUGUGAUUAAUCCAGGCUCCACAUACAGAGCCCCUAUUAUUCACCAGUAACUAUUUAUUACUGGUCAGUGCUUUCAUGAAGAGAGGGAGCUUUGAACAUACAUUUUUAUGUAAGUAUGGAAUGGAUUUUAGUGAGUGGUAACGUCCAGUCUUGUUUUCUAUUUAGUGCGUUUGAGGA